UAUAGAAGAAAUGCGUUUUGGCGUCACUUUGAGCUCGCGUCGACGGCACGCGCAGUUUCUGUUUUCCCGCGAGUGGUAACCAUGUGGAGGUGUGGGCUUCUUUCGGCAGUGCGCAAUCGCCAGCGCCCUGCACCCCACAUUCCCAGUGAAUAGUGAAAAGUUCCAGAAAGACCAGCUCCAGCCAACUGAAUCAUCGCUGCCGAAAUCAGCAACUCCGAAUCCAAGAGGCCAAAGUAUCACCUAUAACCCACCAAGUAUGGAGAAGAUCUGGAAGAAGGUGUGCGAGCACCACGAUGUGCCCGAGCAGGUGGCCAACGAGUGGUUCGCCCGCAUCCAGCAGCACCUGAGCUCCGAGGAUCCCGCUCGCGCCUACCACAAUUGGGAGGAGAUGAUGCGGCGCAAGGAGCCGCACUUGGCGGGCGUGGCCAAUCCCAACAUUGUGCUGGCCGCCUUCUUCCAGUACUACCACUUCGAUGGCAACCGCAGCUGUGCCGAGAAGAACUGCGAGGUCUUUGAGGAGUUUUGCAACGAUGCCGUCAUCGAGGAUGACCAUGCAAAAAGUCUGGUAUGCAAUUUGCUAGGGCGCAAGACCCCGGAGAACCAGUUGACCUGGUGCCAUGACGACGAGGCCAAUUUGCUGCAGGACGUAGACUUGGUGGUGCUGGCUGCUUCGCCGGAGGAGUACAAGCACUAUACAACUCUCCUUCGCUCGGAGUACGCCAAUCUGGACGAUGCCACCUACAAGGCCAUGCGCAUGAAGGUGCUGGAGACCUUGCUGAUGAUUCCAUCCAUCUACGCCACUGGAGACUACCACGAUAAGUACGAAGAGCUAGCCCGCACCAACAUUCGCAACGAAAUCAGCGAGCUUAAGAAGCAGUAAACCGGAGUUUGGAGGAUCGGGAUGCGACGGGGCUGCUUUGUUUACUGCUAUUGAGUUGUGUACUUACUGGCCGUUUUACCUCGUUUGACUGCAAGGCAUUGUAUUGGUUGAGAAACCUCCUCUGCCGAACAUCUACUUAAUUUUACUCCUAAGUGAAGUGUAAUCAAAAUCAUUUUCCUAGUUAGUGUGUACGCCUAGAUAUAUACGUAAGCCCUGUAGACUCCAACUCACAAUAAAUUUGAUGUAAAUGAUGUACCAAAAAA